AUACAGGAAAUACGGUAAGCACGAAACCCGGAGGAAGCUCUGUGCCUGGAGGGGACCCGCCGCCAUCUCAGGUCUCAGCCUCGCGGGGCCCACCACAGAGAGCUGACUCCCUGUCCUAAGAAUCCUUAUGGGUGACCAACCUUGUUUCUCCGGGAGAUCCACGCUCCCACCUGGAAACACGCGGGAAACCAGGCCUCCAAAAAAGCGCUGCCUCCUAGCUCCACGGUGGGAUUAUCCAGAGGGAACCCCCAACGGAGGUAGUACCACUCUUCCCUCUGCACCUUCUCCUGCAUCACCCGGCCUGAAGUCGCACCCUCCUCCUCCGGAGAAGUAGUAGAAUGUACUUCUCCCACCCAAACCAGUCUCUGAGGGAUUGCAGAAUGACUCCAUUUCCUUGGUGCAUUCAUAAAAUGGUUCACCCUGUGAAGAUGAUGAAGACUAUUGACAAUGCUGCCCUGAUUUUUCUGAUGUCCUACACCAGGAGGACCUAGUCGGAUUACCAUCCACAUCUCCUUGUGCCCAUUUCCUGCUUUUGCUUCUAUGCAAUAUAAAGAUUUAAAAAUAAAAUAAAAUAUAAUACAUUUUAUUUUUAGUUUAAUGUCGUAUGUGAGAUUAGUCAUUGUUAGCCUUCCUGUUGUAUUAUAUUUGUAUAUUAUACAUCUUGUAUUACUUGGGAAUUUUUGUUUGAAUUUGUAACGUUAUUUACCUGUGAGUUGUAAACAGUUUUAUUUUUUUUUAUUGGUUGAUUGUUUUUUCUGACAUUAAAUUCCCUUCGUUGCAUGAAAAUAAUUAUCUUUGGAUUGUUCUUGUCUAGAUAGGGACUUCAGCAUUAUGGGCUUUUUGAGGCCCAGUUUUAUUGUGUUUUCAAAAAUAAUGUGAAUAUUGUGUGCAAAAUACAGGAUAGUCAAAUUAUUUCCCAGGUUCAAAGCGAUGUUCUAGAUUUUCCACAGAUCUUAGAACUCUAAUAUCCAUGUAGAAAAAUAUGAAAAUAAUGUUACCUAUGUCACUUUUUCCUUCAGUCAUAUCUACUUACCACCCUGAGUCCUUCCUUUGGAAAGAUUUCACUUCUUAGGGAAAUUGAAAAUAGUAUUACCUUUGCAUGCUAGUCACCACUCUUUGAUCGCAUAAUAUUUGCUGCCUUGGCCCCUACAUCAUUCCAUGAUGCUGACUGUAAUUGAGUUGGUUCCCUUGUGUCCUGGUCACUUCUUCUCCUCCCUGGUUCUGGCGUUUUCAGUAUGUUCUUUCUGUUACCCAGGAUCCUGAUGCACUGCUGCUUCCUGCUCUUCAGGAUCACACUGUCUAUAAGUUGUGUUAUUGCUGUGAUGUCCUUUAUUUCCUGUGUUUUAAGUCUUGCCUUUGACUUGUCAUCUGGGGAUGCAUUGUGUCUCACCCCUUGUGUCCUAAGUUGUGGUUUCACUGGGGCUGAUCUGCUGUUACCUUGAACCCUUCCCAGAAUUCCUGAUUUGUGGUUUUAAACUUCUGUGGCCAAACAUACUACUGCUGGUUUUUGCCCUUCCUCCUAUAUCCUGAGUUGCUGCUUUGAUUUGUCAUCAGAAGCUGCUGCUCUGCUGUGUCUAGUUUCUUAUAUGCCAAGUAGCAUAUAUGAUCACUAACACUAGGACCAUUCUGCUGCUGUUACACCCCUCAUCCCUGGUUCCUAAGUUAAGACUUUGACUUCCAUCACUAAGACCUGUAUCUUGUUUUCUGCACACUUCCCUCUGCUUUCUGAGAACACACUUUGACCUCCAGGACAUGCUGUUACUGCACUCCUUUCCCUGGGCCCGGGCCACUGCUAUAAUUUGUCAGCCUUAAGCUCCUGAUUCAGCUGCAUCCUGCUUUUUUUUCCGCCAGGACCUUAGUCACAUGCUGAGUCCCAGUGAUUCAGUCCAAGUUCAGUAAGUGUUGUGCACAUGCCCUGAAAUCUGAAACCAGCACUAUGGUAAAUGCAAAUACUCCUGUGCCCUAUGCUUCAGAUGCUGUAGUAGUUCCACAUGCCUCUGAGCCCAAAACCCCUAGCUCUGUUGUCACUGAGUGCCAGCAUGCAAGACUUGGCUCCAAGUAGGACAUCUUGUAUAUAACUUCCCUCCAUGGGUGCAAAAGGAGAACCAAAGAAGGCCAAUGGCCUUUGCCUCCAAGGAAUCCAACAGCUCUAGCCACCACUUCCACCACAAACAUGUGCAGGGGACCUGCAAACUUGGCCACUGUGAUCCAUAUAGUAUUUUCUUUAUUGACCUUAGCUGACAGAACUGCUUGGAGAAUACACUCCUGCACCCUCCUCAGAAUCAGAGAUGCUGCAUCCUACUCAACUUGUACCCUUUAUCUUUAACAAAAUAUUAGCAAACCAAAUUAAAAAAUACAUUAGAAGGAUAAUAUACCAUGAUCAAGUACGAUUUAUUCUUGGGAUGCAGGGAUAUUUCAACAUCCACAACUAAAUCCUAUGUUGCACCAUAUAAACAAAAUGAAUGAUAUAAAUCGUAUGAUUAUCUCAAUAUAUGCAGAAAAAUUAUUUAACAAAAUUUAUCAUCCUUUUAUGAUAAAACCUCUCAACAAAAUGGGUGUAAAGGAAAUGUACCUCAACAUAAUGAGGCCAUUUAUGACAAACCCUCAGUGGUAAAACAUUAAUAGCUUUUUCUCUAAGGUCAGGAGCAAGAUAAGGAUACACACUCUCUCCACUUUAAUUCAACAUAAAAGUGCGAGGACUAGCUACAGCAGUUAGGCAAACAAAAACAAACAAGCAAAAAAUCAUGCCAACUGGAAAGUAAGAAGUAAAACUGUCACUAUCUUCAGAUGACAUGAUAUUUUAUAUAGAAAAUCCUAAAUAUUCCACCAAAAUAACUGUUACAACUUUACAAAUUCAGUAAAUUUGCAGGAUACAUAAUUAAUAUGCAAAAAAUCUGUUGCAUUUUUACAUGCUAAUACUGAACAAUAAGAAAAAUAAAUUAAGGAAGCAAUCCAUUUUAUAAUUGCAUCAAAUCUAAUAAAACACCUAGAAAUAAGUUUAACCAAGGAUUUGAAAGACUUGUACCCUGAAAGCUUUAAGAGACUCUUGCAAGAAAUUGAAAAAAAAAAUAAAUGGAAAUGUAUUCCGUGCUCAUGAAUUGGAGGAAUUAAUAUUGUUAAAAUGUAAAUAUUAAGCAAAGUUUAUCUACACAUUGUAUCCAAUCACUUUCAAAAUUCCAAUGACAUUUCUUACAGAAAUAGUAGAAAGAAUCCUAAAAUCUGUAUGGAAUUGUAAAAAAAAAAAUCCUAAAUUGUGAAAGCAAUCUUAAGAAAGAAGAACAAAACUGGAUGCAACAGACUUCCUGAUUUCAAACUAUAUACAAAGGUAUAAUUAUCAAAACAGUAUGAUGUUGGUAUAAAAAUAGACACAUAGAUCAAUGGAACCUAAUAGAGACCCCAGAAAUAAACCCAUGUAUGUAUGGUCAAUUAAUUUGCUACAAAGAAGCCAGAAACUGGUACCAGACAAACAGGACAGCCAUAUGCAAAGGAAUGUAACUGGACCACUAUCUUAUACCUUCCAAAAAAUUAUCUCAAAAUAGAUUAAAGACUUGAAUAUAAGACCUAAGCCCAUACAACUCCCUAGAAGAAAACUUAGCAGGUAAGCUCUUUGACAUAGGUCUUGUUGAUGAAUUUUUGGAACUGACUCCAGUAGCAAAAGCAACAAAAGAAAAUAAACAGUUGGGACUAUAUCAAACCAAAAAGCUUCUGUACCUUACAGGAAACCAUCAACAAGUGAAAAGGCAACCUAGUGAAUGGGAGAAAAUAUUUGUAUGUCAUAUAUUUGAUAAGGGGUUAGUAUUCAAAACAUAUAUUAAAAACCACAAACAACUCAUUAGCUAAAAAAAAAAAUCUGAUGAAAAAAACAGUCCUAGGAAAUGAAUAGAUAUUUCCCAAAGAAGACAUACAGAUGGCUAUCAGGUACAUGAAAAGAUGUUCAACAUCACUAAUCACCAGGGAAAUGCAAAUCAGAAUCACAGUGAGAAUAAUCUUACACCUGUUACAGUGUGUUUUGUCAAAAAGACAAGAAAUAAAUGUUUGCAAGGAUGUCAAGGCAAUUAUACACUAUUGGUGGGAAUGUAAAUUAGUGCUGCCACCAUAGAAAACAGUAUGGAGG